AUGUAUUCGUUCAAUUACACGGCACCCAACAUUACCUCGGCUAAACUUAUGUUCGCACUGCGCGAUGAUCCAGACUAUCUGUAUUUAGAUGAUGUUUCCGUAACUAACAGUUCAGGAAUUCAGCUCUUAUCAAACGGUGGUUUCGAAUUGGAUACUCUUUCAGGGUGGACGUAUUGUAAUCCUAGCAAUGCUCCUUCUUCUGGUGCCAUUAGCUUAGGAAAUUCUCAUAGUGGUUCCUAUUCUUAUAUGGAUGGAUCAGUAGGUUCCAGCGACUAUUUGAGUCAAACAUUUGCCGUUGUGCCGAACAAUAUCUAUUCUAUCACAUUUUGGCUUUCUUCAAGUUCCACCAGUUCAACUUUUGCUCUCGUUACCAUUGGCGCUUAA